UUCGACCUCGCUGUCAGGUUACUGAGUUGUCUGGACAGUCACUUUAAAAAACAGAGACAUGCAAGAUUUCUCACAUUGCUUUUGUUUUUGUUGGCGCUUUACUGUUUUGUUAGCAAACUAGCUUAGAUAGUUAGCUUGCAGCAAUGUCAACGUGGCAAAGGGUGCAUGUGCAUCUGCGGAAAGCACAUGGAUUAUUUCCAGUUUCCUCCAGACGGGUGACACAACCAAACACAUGGAAGUAUGGACAUUUAACGUUAUGCAAAAGCCUGAGUACAAGCAGACCUCUCCGGGAUGACUUCUUUAAAGAACUGGAGGUCCAGCUGGCGGCCAUGAGGCAGAAGGCUCUGGACGCUCUGCCGGGGAGCGGCUGGAGCCCGCUGGGGAUGGACCAGAGUCUCCCUCCAGAGAGGGCGGAUAUUGUGAUCGUGGGGGGGGGCGUGAUCGGCUGGUCCAUCGCCUACUGGAUCAAACGGAAGGAGAGGGAGCGAGGAGGAGUGAAGGUGGUGGUGCUGGAGAAGGACCCAACGUAUUCGCAGGCCUCCACGGUGCUUUCUGCAGGAGGCAUCCGACAGCAGUUCUCUCUGCCCGAGAACAUCUGCCUCUCCAUGGCCUCCGCUCAAUUCAUGAAGAACAUCAAUGAACAUCUCCACGUGUUGAAUGAAGACCCGGUGGACCUCCAGUUCAACCACUCGGGAUACCUCUUCCUGGCCAACGAGGAAGUGGCUCACAUCAUGGAGGAGAACUACAAAACCCAGAGGAGCUUCGGAGCCCAUGUUUCUCUUCUCUCUGCGACUCAGUUAAAGGAGAAGUUUCCGUGGAUAAACACAGACGGUGUCGCGCUCGCUUCAUACGGGCUGGAGAACGAGGGCUGGUUCGACCCCUGGACGCUGCUGCAGGCCUUCAAGAGGAAGGCUCUCUCUCUGGGGGCGGAGCAGUGCAUCGGAGAGGUCACAGAUUUUAAAUACACAUCAAACAUUGCUAUAACCACUGAAGGUGAUCAAGUGGUUCAAAGGAGGAUCAAAUCUGUCAAAGUGCAGGUGAGCAACAGUCUGGAGUAUCAGCACAUUGAAUGCGCUAUGGUGGUGAACGCAGCCGGAGCUCUUUCUGGGAAACUGGCCGCCAUGUUGGGAAUCUCACUUCCUGUGGAGCCACGCAAAAGGUACAUAUAUGUGUUGAACUGUCCUGACGGCCCCGGUCUGGACACUCCCUUCCUGAUCGAUUACUCUGGAGUUUGGUUCAGGAGGGAAGGGUUGGGAGGAAACUACAUCGCUGGGACCUCACCAGAGGAGGCGUUGGAGCCGGACACCAGUGACCUGGAGGUGGACCACCAGUUCUUUGAGGAGAAGGUCUGGCCCCACCUCGCCUCUCGUGUCCCGGCUUUAGAGAAGCUGAAGGUGACGAGUGCGUGGGCGGGUUUCUACGACUACAACACCUUCGAUCAGAACGGCGUCAUCGGCCUCCACCCGUCCAUCAACAACAUGUUCUUUGCGACGGGUUUCAGCGGUCACGGUCUGCAACAUUCGCCCGCCGUGGGUCGAGCCGUGGCUGAACUCAUCAUGGAGGGAAACUUCACCUCCAUCGACCUCAGCAACCUGGGCUUCAGACGCAUCAUCGAAAAGGAGCCCAUGCUGGAGAGGAACAUCGUGUAGAGGACCCAACACACCGCUGCUAGAACCACAUUAUAUCUACACAUGCUAUGGACUGCUUUGAUGUAGCCUCUUUUACAGUGUUUGUGACCCCUUCAGAAGUCAGCAUUCACCCGUUCACACACAUUCAUUCAGAGGUCAAGUUUCAAGGCUUUAUUGUCAUGUCAUUAGCUAAAGUGUAGAUAUGGCUCUUCCAACAGUGCAACAUAUAGGAUAUAAAACAGGACUGCCAUGCAAGGUGCUACCUACUCAUUCACACACACUCUGACACACACCGUUGGCCAUCAGGAGCUAUUUUGGGGUUACGUUUCUUACCCAAAGUUGCAUGGACAUGUUGGGUGUUUCUCAAUGUCGAGGAAGGAUGCUCCAGAGCCACUAUUUCAAGGAUGCUACGUCAUCGAGUCCUGCCGAAGGACUGUUCCAAUGUCCAGGAUGCUUGGAAUUCUACCGAGGCCGGCGUCCUUCGUUGCGGGAAAUUUCGAGGCUGCACAUGUGUAUCCUCCGCGGUCUUAAAAUCCCCACAAUGCUUUGCGCACGGACCAAUUUCCCAAAAUCUUUAGCAGAAAUUGCGCUCCAUUUAAGGCGGGGCCUCGCAUAUGACGCACACCCGUUAGCCUGUUCCACCAUUCUUCGUUUUUCGAGGCUAGGAAGGAUUCUUGCCUCGCUUCUGAAGGAAGUGACUCGGAAGACAUGUCCUACCAAGGAAGCGUCCUCGACAUUGAGAAACACCCGUUGACUGAAGGGGCUGGGAAUCGAACUACAGACCUUGUGAUUGGUUGCUUCCACCUACAUACCUAUGUGUGUGUGUGUGUGUAUAUAUAUAUAUAUAUAUAUUAGGGCUUUCAAUCUAAUGGAUUUGUUUAUUUAAAUAGUUACAAGCUUUGUGAAUAACUAAUUUAAAUUGACAGCCCUAAUAUAUAUAUAUAUAUACAGCAUAUAUAUUUCUUUGCUCUUCAAAAGAAUACCUUCAGUACUCAAACAAUGCUACAUUUGUCAUUAUUCCACGGUUUUUACGGUCUACUUUUGACUUGUAAUUUAUAAAUAUUGUCUUUGUCUAA